UCAGGAUCAGAGGCUUUGCUGCAAACACAGGGACAGUCACCUCCAGGUCUGGAGGGUUGGGGGCCCCUCAGACUUGCCAUGGAGCCCAGCAGAUGCAUCUGGGAAGGAUGGACCUUGGAGAGUGAGGCCCUGAUGCGAGAGUUGAGCACCUGGCUCCUGAUCUGCACCUGCUUCGGCUCUUGGGUGGGCUUGGGAGACUCCAUCCAAGGAGAAGGAGGAGGGCUCGGGGCUGGAUCUUUCACCUGCCUCAGCAACAACAUCUUAAGGAUUGACUGCCACUGGUCUGCCCCAGAGCUGGGUCAGGGCCCCAGUCCCUGGCUUCUCUUUACCAGCAACCACGCACUGGGCAGCAAGCAUAGAUGUGUCUUCCGGGCCGGUGAGUGCACCCUGGUGCUGCCGCCCGAGGAAGUGCUUGUGCCUUCAGACAACUUCACCAUCACUUUCCACCGUUACGUCUCUGGGAGGGAGCAGGUCAGCCUGGUGGACCCGCAGUACCUGCCCUGGAGACAUGUGAAGUUGGACCCUCCCUCCGACUUACAGAGCAAUGUCAGCUCUGACUACUGUGUCCUGACCUGGAGCGUCAGUCCUGCCUUGGAGCCCCUGACCUCCCUCCUCAGCUACGAGCUGGCCUUCAAGAAGCAGGAAGAGGCCUGGGAGCAGGCCCGGCACAGGGCUCACAUUGCCGGGGUGACCUGGCUCACUCUCGAGGCUGCCGAGCUGGACCCCGGUUCCAGCUAUGAGGCCCGCCUGCGCGUCCAGAUGGCCACCCCGGAGGAUGAAAUGGUGGAGGAGCAGAGCUAUGCGGGCCAGUGGAGCGAAUGGAGCCAGUCUGUGUGCUUCCCCUCUCCCCAGAGCCCUGCCCGAGGCCCCCCGUUCUCACCUUGGGGGCAGCCCAACAGCAGUACCCUUGUUGCCGUACCUCUCUUUCUGCUGCUGACCAGCCUGACCUACCUCGUGUUCAAGGUUUCACCCAGGGUGAAGAGGAGCUUCUACUGCAACGUGCCCUCUCCAGGGGCCUUCUUCCAGUCCCUCUACAGUGUGCACAAUGGGGACUUCCAGACCUGGAUAGGGGCCCACAGAACCGGUCUGCUGCCGAGCCAGGACUGUGUCGGUUCCCCACGAGGAGCCUCGGAGUCUGGUGUCCAGGAGGCCAUUGCGUGGCUGACCUACGACCCAGUGGAUCCCUGGCAGUCAGUGGCCCUGGAGGAAGAGGAGGAGGGCCCUGGCUCCGGCCUCCCUGGGGCGGUGCUGCUAGCCGGGCACGUGGAACAGAGAGGGCAGCCACCUCCCUACCUGCCACAGGAGGACUGGGCCCCCGCGAGCCCCAGCAGGCCAGCUUCCCCACAGUCAGAGGGCAGCAGUGGUGACUACUGGGCCCUGGGCUGCUCCGGGGGCUGCCACCCCUCCACCUUCCCAGGAAACACCCAGAGCUCCGGGCACAGCCCGGCCUCGGCCCGUGGCCUUCCUUGUGACCAGCAGAAUCUGGACACCUGGUGAGGAAGUAGUCCUGGGGGGAGUCAGUCACAGUGAGAGGCA